CACCCUCACCAUUGGCCAUGUCCAAACCGAGCGACCCAACAGUCGCACAAGUUGGUCAUCAGAACCAACCGAUUUUCGACGCAGCAACAUUUGAACAAUCAAACGUUCAUAGCGUGUACGAAGCAAUCGCACCUCAUUUCUCCGAUACACGUUAUAAACCUUGGCCAUUGAUUCCAGCUUUUAUCAAUUCUUUACCUGUUGGAUCGAUCGGUGCAGAUCUCGGUUGUGGAAAUGGGAAAUAUCUUCAUCUACGGAACAUCUUGGCAUCUGCCCAAGAAGACACAUCAAACGAUAUCAUGAUGCUGGGUAUGGAUAGAAGUAGCAAUUUGAUCGAUUUAGCACAUCAUAACUUUGGAUCGAUACUUUCACCUGAUCCGAUUGAUGAAGCAAAGCGUAAUGAAGUAGCAGUAGGUGAUGCAAUGCAUUCAAAUUUCAGGUCAGGCUGUUUCGAUUUCUCAAUCAGUAUCGCAACCAUUCAUCAUUUCGCUUCUUUUCAAAGAAGGAUCGAAGCGGUUGCGGAAAUGAUUAGGAUUGUUCGACCUUGUCAAGCAAAUAAGAAAGAGCCCAAUCCUAUCACAAUCAAUGAAGGACCUUAUGCCGGACUACGUUCUGGCUCUGGACGGUUCUUGAUCGUCGUUUGGGCAUUGGAACAACGUGGUCAAUCAAGGCGGCAAUUCGAACAAGUUGCAUCUUCUGAAGAUCAAUCAAAGUCACAUCAAGGUCAAGAUUUAAUGGUACCUUGGAUUUUGAAAAAUGCCAGUAAACAGAAUGGAAAGCAAGCAAUCCCGGAAAAAGAAGCUACCGACGACCCAUCUUCACCUGAAAUCUUCCAAAGGUUCUAUCACGUCUUCGAACAAGGUGAAUUAGAGAAAACCGUAGAUGAGGCCGCAAAACUCUAUCCGGAUUUGAUCAUAGAGCAUGAGCUUGGCGGUUGGGAGAAGGGUAAUUGGUACGGCAUUUGGAGGUGUAUAAAGAGAUGAAAAGGGAGCAAAAAAAGUUGAAUCAAUGUCAUCAUAUUC